CCGAAAUCACUUACAACAAGCCCAUUCACGAAACCCAGUGGAAACAACCCGCCUCAACAGCUCUCUAGACUUCUUAUCAGUCUCAGUACUUUUAAGGAACGCCGCUGGUCCAAACGUCUGCGUAAUUCAACAGCAUCAUGAACUUUUUGGCUGUACUACAUUGUGUGAUACUUAUUUCAGUCUGUGAAAUACUUGAAGAUCAUCGAACGAACGCUGGCAUGUGCUGGCUCCAGCAGGGUCCGGAGCACCGCUGUGACAUGGUGCUCAUGAGAGGCGUGAGCAGGGAAGAGUGCUGUGCAGCGGGCCGUCUGGACACCGCCUGGUCCAAUACCAGUCUGCCUAUCAAUGAAGUCAGCCUGCUGGGAUUCCUGGGAAUAGUUUCCUGUAAGCCGUGCAAAGAGAACUGCGAGGGGGUCAACUGUGGCCCUGGAAAGGUGUGCAGGAUGAAGUCUGGACGUCCCCAGUGCGUAUGCUCUCCAGACUGUUCCAACAUCUCCACUAAACACGCCGUGUGUGGGAGCGAUGGAAACUCAUACAAGGACGAGUGUGCACUCCUGAUGGCUCGCUGCAGAGGUCACCCUGACCUGGAGAUUAUGUACCAGGGGGAAUGCAAAAAGUCCUGCUCAAAUGUUGUAUGUCCUGGGACACAUACCUGCGUGACGGACCAGACCAACAGUGCCCACUGCGUCAUGUGCCGCACCGCACCCUGCCCGAUGCCCAUGAUCACUGAGCAAACCAUCUGCGGCAACGAUAACAUCACUUACCCCAGUGCCUGCCACCUGCGUAGGGCUACCUGCUUUUUGGGUCGAUCCAUAGGGGUCCGCCAUUAUGGACACUGCAGAAGUAAUGAAGGAAGCGAGGAGAAUUCGCUCUUCUGAGGACGUCAAGAGCAGAUCCAUGUACAUAUUAUGAUGGCACAUAAGACACCUGGAAAUGAUCAUUUUAAAACAUUUUCAUAGUUUUCUAAGACAGUGGGAACCUUGACGCGAGCACUUCCGAGCAAUGUGUAACAGCAUUGUCAUCCAUGAGCUUUCUGACAACUCUAUCAUGAACAGAGCACGCUAACCAGCAAAAAACAAUGACCAAACACCACUGAAAUAUCUUCUUGAACAUUCCAAAAGUACAGCUUUCCCAAACAUGUUCCUCUCUGCAAAAGCCAUGCGGAGUCACAGUUGAAAUUCCUAUGGACAUGGGAGACUACUUACUCAAUGAGAUAAAGUGUUGUGCGUGUACUGUUUGUAUUCGGAGGGAUUACUCAGCCAAAACAGCUACGCUUCCAGGCCACGUUCACACUGACGUGAAGACCAAACUGAGCCACCCACCAAGCAAUGAAAUUACCAGAUACAGUCUGAUGGCAGCAGUUUUUUUUUUUUUUUUUUUUUUUUUUUUUUUUUUACGAGGAUGCUGGGACAGUCAAAUAAUGUACAGUACAUUCUACUGUUGCAGUGGUUUUCACAUUGUGGGGCUGUGUUUUUGUCAUUUUGUGUGUGUUUGAGUCUUUAUGGUCUCUUGACCUUGUUGUAUACUUAAAUGGUCAUAGGGGGAAUUUCAAUGACUUGGUGUUUUAUCUGAUUCCCAGUCGAUUGUAUUUUGUUAGGGGAAAAAAAAAGAAGAAAAAAAAAAUUGGUUGACGCAGGUAUUUGUGUAAAUCAUCAUUGUACAAGUUCCAUUAAUUUCAGUAGAUAUUUAACCUUCCUGUAAAUAGAGACCUUUUGCAGUAUCUGAAUAUAUAGUGUAAAUUCAGUUUAUUCAAUUGCUUAUUUUUGUAUUGUUUACUUACUUUUUUAUUAAAACACAAAAUUAAUGUUGCGUUAAUAUGAUUGUAAUGGUUCUUGCUCAAGAUUUUGAAGCCCAAUUCAUGGUAUUCGUCAGUAAAGGUAUUGAUAGUUUAGAAAUAAUGAUACAUUAAAAAAUAUUUAUUCUAAUAUUUAACAAUAAAGUGUCUAAUAUUUAACGAUACAAUUAUAUUUAACAAUAAAAAUUGUUAUAGAAACAAUGAAAUAUUUUAGAAAAUGUAUAGUAUAUAGUAUAGUACACUUGAUGUAGUAAAUGUUUAAUAUUAGUUUAUAUGUUUUAUUAUAAUUAUAAUACUUAUUUACAUGGGACAUGGACAUCAUUUUUCUUUAGUUUUGUAUAUUUUGUUUAAGAUCAUGGAUAUUUCAGCCUUACUGCAAACAGAGACCUUCUGCAGUACCUAAAUACAUCCUGUAAAACCGAACCGAUUCAACUGCAUAUAUUUGUAUUAUUCACAUAAAUUGUUUUCAUUAAAAACAUUUUACUGUCUUAA